AUGCCAAAGCUAAUACACGGUUACCGCCGCCGCAAAACCAGCCCCAUAAUCUGGUGCGCCGCCAUCAUCUGCACUAUACUGACGGUGGCGGUAAUCAUCGCCGGUUUAGUCGUCUUCAUUGGCUACCUCGUGAUCCGUCCCAGGGUUCCUCAAAUUAGCGUCUCAACGGCUCAACUCAACACGAUCUAUUUCGACCAAACAAGUUUACUUACAGUGCAAGUUACCAUUGUAGUAAAAGCAGAAAACGGCAAUGCAAAGGCUCAUGCAAGUUUUUUCGGCACAAAAUUUGCACUCAGUUUUCAUGGCGUUAAAAUGGCUUAUUUGGUUGCUGAACCAUUCGAUAUAAGAAAAAAUAGCUCCAAAGAAUUCAAUUACGUCGUUCAAUCGUCGCCAAUUCCAUUAGAACCAGAGUACGCAGAGAUAAUGAACUGGUCAUUGAGGCAAAAUGUGAUAACUUUUGAGCUCAAAGGUAAUGCAAGAACUCGAUGGAGAGUAGGGUUAUUGGGUUCGAUAAAGUUCUGGUUGAAUUUGAAUUGCCAACUCCAUUUACCACUAAAUAGAACUGCAAUUCAUCCACAUUGUAGCUCCAGAUCUAAAUAA